AUGCAGUUGACUGCUCCUAUUAACGCAAUGAAAAUGAACGACGUUAUGAACGGAAAUCCGAAUGCUUCUCCCUCUUCCGACAUUGUAUCACCAGCCGAUGCGGAGAACAUUGUCAAUGCUUUCGGUCGCCAAUUCUACACGACUCUUUCGAACAACCGAAGCGAUGUUCAAAAAUUCUACGGACAUCAGUCGAUGGUGAAAUGUGGCGACAAAGUAGCAGUUGGUCAACAGGACAUUGCGAAGUUCUAUGAAGCCAAUUUCGACAAUAAGUUGCACUAUAAAAUUCACAAAAUGACAGGAAUUCCAACCCUUCAUCAAGGAAUUCUCGUGCAUGUGUUCGGACAUAUCAACUUGAGAAAGUUUACGCAAACAUUCAUUCUCGGACAACAAUGUGCGAAGAAAUACUACAUCGAAAAUGACGUCUUCAACUUUAUUGACGAUGUUUUUAUUGCGGAAGGAAACCAACCACCAAAGAUGAACGGACAUGUUAAAGCUGUGUUGAAGGAAAACGUUGAAAAGCAAGUUCCUGUCAUUGAGAACACCGCUGCGACACCAACGAAGAACGUCCAUAAGGCCCACCCGACUCCAAGAAAAAUCGAAGAACGAUCCCCACUUCGUGAUCAAGAGAACAAGCCAGCCUUCCACGAGAAGAGACCAGAGCCAAUAAAACAGCAAGCUCCUGCCCCUACUCCUAAAAAGGAAACACCGGCUCCUCCAGCUCCGGCACCGGUGCCGCAAGAGCCACCAAAGCCAAAAACGUGGGCAAAUCUUGUUGGAGGGGGUGCGAAGGCUACUGCCACUCAACAUCAAGUUCACACUCAAUCUGUACAGCAACCACAACAACAUGAGCAACCGAAGCACGAAAAUUUGUCUGAUCAACAACCACGGGACACCCAUCCUCAAACGCAAAACGCUAACCGCCACGACGUUGGAAGUUUGAUGGAGAGAAAAAUCUACCUUGGCGGCAUCACUCGCACAAUUGUCCCGGAUAGCACCGCCACCGCUGAAACAGAAAUCAAAACGAUAUUCUAUAAAUUUGGAGAGGUUGAGGGAGUUUCUAUCCCACGAAAGGUUCUUGAUUUCCCGAAUGAUACAUCGAAAACUGCAUUUGCUUUCAUUACCAUGAGGAAUGUCGCAGCUGCCCAGAAAGUUUUCGACUCCGCGACAAAAGAUGAGACAGGAGUCUACCGCCUUCAAUUGAAAAUCGAUUCGUUCGGUUUUGACGGACUUGCGACCAUUAGUGAGCAGAAAGACAGACCUCAUAACUAUCAAGGAGGAUUCCGCAACCGCGGUGGAUACCAAUCUCGCGGAGGAUUCAAUAAUUCUCGAGGACGCGGAGCCGGUCGUGGUGGACCUCGCGGGGGUUUCCACAAUUCCGGUUUUGGCGGUCAAAAUGGUCACCACUAA